GGUCGGGCCCUCGGCCGCGCAUGCGCUCUCUCCUCCCCCCGCCUCACUCCCCUUUCUCUCUGGUUUCACCUCAGAGGAGGCGCAGAGCCGAGCGGGCGACGUUGCCGCCGCUUUCUCCGGCCGUCCGCCUCUCCUUCGCGAUGGGCUCAGAGAAGGACUCGGAGUCCCCGCGCUCUACCUCGAUCCACGCGGCUGCCCCGCCGGCCAAAUGCCCCAAGAGCGGCUCAGGACAAGCAGGAGGUGGCAGAGGCACCGGCGGAGGAGGAGGUGACGGCAACAGCGGCAAUAACAGCGGCACCAGCCGGGGCCGACGCCGCCUCCUCAGCUUCCAAAGCGUCUUCUCGGCCGCCGCCUCUGCCGCCUCGUCCUCAGCCUCCGGGGCCGGGGUCCGCCGCCGCCGGAAGGCCAAGGCCAAGCCAGAGCCGCCUCAAGCCAAGCCCGCCCCGGUGGUGGAGGCGGCGGCGGCGGCAAUCGCCAGCCCCACCGCAGCAUCAACCCGGGCCACUCCGCCGCCGCCCUCAUCGCCGCCGCCACAGCCUCUUCCUGCUCCUUCGGCGGCGGUUACCGGGGAGGGCGAUGCCGCCGCCUCGUCUUCGUCGUCGUCUUGUGGUGCGGAGUGCGAGGAGGGCGGCGAGGAGUCCUCCCCGUCGGAGCUGGAGUGCCCGCUGUGCCUGGUGCGGCAGCCGGCGGGCAACGCGCCGCGCCUCCUCUCGUGCCCGCACCGCUCGUGCCGCUCGUGCCUCCGCCAGUACCUGCGCAUCGAGAUCACCGAGUCGCGCGUCAAUAUCAGCUGCCCCGAGUGCAGCGAGCGCCUCAACCCGGCCGACAUCCGCCUCCUCCUGCGCGACUCGCCCCACCUCGUCGCCAAGUAUGAGGAGUUCAUGCUCCGCCGCUGCCUGGCCGCCGACCCGGACUGCAGGUGGUGCCCGGCCCCGGACUGCGGUUAUGCUGUUAUUGCCUAUGGAUGUGCAAGCUGCCCCAAACUGACGUGUGAGAGAGAAGGCUGCCAGACUGAAUUUUGCUAUCACUGCAAGCAGAUAUGGCACCCAAACCAAACUUGCGACAUGGCCCGCCAACAAAGAGCACAAACUCUGCGGGUACGGACAAAGCACACCUCAGGCCUCAGUUAUGGACAAGAAUCUGGACCAGAUGACAUCAAGCCAUGCCCACGUUGCAGUGCCUACAUCAUCAAGAUGAAUGAUGGCAGCUGUAAUCACAUGACUUGUGCUGUAUGUGGCUGUGAAUUCUGCUGGCUUUGUAUGAAGGAAAUCUCUGAUUUGCAUUACCUCAGCCCUUCUGGUUGCACAUUCUGGGGCAAGAAGCCAUGGAGUCGUAAAAAGAAGAUUCUCUGGCAGCUCGGAACAUUGAUUGGUGCCCCAGUGGGUAUUUCCCUCAUUGCUGGCAUUGCCAUUCCAGCCAUGGUCAUUGGAAUCCCGGUUUAUGUUGGGAGAAAGAUUCAUAGCAGGUAUGAGGGGAAAAAAACCUCUAAACACAAGAGGAACCUGGCCAUCACUGGUGGUGUAACCUUAUCUGUGAUUGCAUCGCCUGUCAUUGCUGCUGUCAGUGUAGGUAUUGGAGUCCCUAUUAUGUUGGCAUAUGUCUAUGGAGUUGUACCAAUUUCUUUGUGCCGUGGUGGUGGUUGUGGAGUUAGCACAGCCAAUGGGAAAGGAGUCAAAAUCGAGUUUGAUGAAGAUGAUGGGCCAAUUACAGUGGCGGAUGCUUGGAGGGCUCUGAAGAAUCCCAGCAUUGGAGAAAGCAGCAUUGAAGGCCUUACCAGUGUGCUGAGCACCAGUGGGAGCCCUACUGAUGGGCUCAGUGUCAUGCAGGGCAACUACAGUGAGACAGCCAGCUUUGCUGCGCUCUCGGGGGGGACCCUGAGCGGUGGAGUCCUCUUGGGUGGGAAAGGAAAGUACAGCAGGCUGGAAGUGCAGGCUGAUGUCCAGAAAGAGAUUUUCCCAAAGGACUCUGUCAGCCUUGGAGCCAUCAGUGACAAUGCCAGCACGCGAGCUAUGGCAGGCUCCAUCAUUAGUUCCUACAACCCCCAAGACAGAGAGUGUAAUAAUAUGGAGAUCCAGGUGGACAUAGAGACCAAGCCGAGCCAUUACCAGCUUGUUAGUGGGAGCAGCACAGAGGAUUCUCUCCAUGUUCACACUCAGAUGGCAGAGAAUGAGGAGGAGGAAGCAGAAGAAGAGCAGGAGCAGAUGUGCAACCACCAAAGCUGUGAGCAAAAAGAUUGCAUUGCUAGCAAAACCUGGGACAUCACUCUAGCACAGCCUGAAAGCAUCCGAAGUGACUUGGAGAGCUCAGACAGUCAGUCGGACGAUGUGCCUGACAUUACCUCGGAUGAAUGUGAUUCCCCCUAUCCCCAGACUGCUGCCUGCCUGCAUCCCUCAAAUGCCAGAGGUGCUGAGAGCCCAAGUGCCCAUAUUGGCCAGUGUGCCCAAGCAGAAGGGCACAGGCCAGAGGAGAGAGUCUCUUCGUUGGAGUGCAUUGAGGCCCGAGUAUGAGGCCGCUCUCUCCUGAGAAGAAGCACACUGAUUGUUACUGCCUCUACUGUGGUGAGGGCCACCCAGGAGUGGGGGUGAUUAUGUCAUUGUUGGCUUUUGUUUCUGAUUCCCCAGACUGCAGCCCUAACCUGACUCUGGGGAAAUGGCAUUUCUUACACGAUAAUAAACCCUUGAUCUCUUUUUUUAAUUUAUUGGUUCAAGCGCUUGGUGAUGCUCUGUGAGUUGUGUAAGAGUGUACAUAAAAGUGUGUGUGUACAUCGUAUGUCUGCCAAACAUACGCCUAAAGAACGCCUUUAAUAAAGAUUCCUGUUGCCAUUCA